AAACAUACAAAGCAGAAACGUCAUUCAGCCAGUGCUGUCGAUUGAGUUGGCUUGGGUAGUGUUUCGACAAAAAUGUUAUAAAGUGAUUUUCAUUUUGCGGUAAAAAGUCUCGAAAACACGCUCGAAAUGACCCUGGACGAGGACGAGGAACGUGUGGAUUUAUCCCUCAUUUGUCGCACCUGCAAAUGCAUUUCUUCCGCAAUGAAAUCCAUCUUUAGUGGCUUGGAAAAUGCGAAUAUUUCCGUACACAAUCCCCGUAUUGACGAGAUGCUAAUGGCCUGUGCCGCUGUUCAGGUUUCUUAUGGUGACGGCUUGCCCUCACUAAUGUGCGAAAUGUGUUGUCAAACUUUAAAAUCGGCAUUUGCCUUCAAAAAGCAAUGUGAAACCGUGGACGGCAGUCUUCGGGAGUAUUGCAAAACCAUGAAAGUAAAUGCCAUCAAACAGGAGUUACAAAAUUCAGAAUUUAUGGAAUCUCUAAAUACACUUAGUAGCUUGUUGAAUAGCGACGGUGAUCCUCAGUCGACCAAAAUCGCUGCAAAAGAAGCAAGUUCAAUCGAAAUCAGUGAACCCUCAACUUCAAUGGUGAUGGAAAUUAACGAAAAGCCUACUUUGCAACCAGAAACUGAUUAUAUUCAGUUUCUCGACAAUAAUCAAAUGCUUUUAACAUGUAGAGAAUGUGCGAAAAUGUUCACAACUUUGGAAGGGUUGAGGUGUCACAAACGUGUGCACGCUGGCACCACUUUCAAGUGCAAACAAUGCGAUAAAGAAUACACGCGUAAAAAUCACUUAGACCGCCACGAAGCUUCUCAUGGAAAGCGAAAAGUGCACGUUUGCAAAAUCUGCAAUAAAACCCUUACCCGAAUGGAACAUUUGAAAAGACAUUUGAUAACUCAUUUACGAGAGAAGCCAUUUAAUUGCAAAAAUUGCAAUCGGGGCUUUAAUAGAAUUGAGCACUUGCACAAUCACAUUCCUAGAUGUAGAGGUGAAAUUGUUCAUAUUUGUCCAGUGUGUAAUAAAGCAUUUAACCGUGAAGACAGCUUGGAAGUGCACAAGCAGCAGCACGAUAAGAUAUCUUUACUGCUACCCACUAUUGAAAAUCUUGACAACCUAGACGAGCACUACUUUGAGGUUGAUUAUGAUGCGGCUAUUGCAUUUUCCGAUAACUCAGAUGUUGAAGACUGUUUCGAGCCGCAGGUCGAAGUCACUGAAACGUUAGGCGAAGCAAAAAUUGGUGACAAUGAUGAAUUUUCUGAAAAUAGUAAAGACCCAAUUCAAGAUCCAGACGGUCAGAAACAAGAUCAAGAAUGUAUAGAAAUUCGUCAAGAUGCCGAGGAUGAAGAUGACGAAAAACCAUUAUCCUCGAUAGCGGCGAUGGUAAAGUCAGAAGAAGGCCAACUAAUGCUUCGUGAAGGUAAUGAUGAGGACGACGACGAUGAUUGUGAUAUGGACCAAAGCGAUAUGGACCAUGAAGACGAAUUAGAAGAAGGUGAAAUUGUUUUGGGAUCUUCAAUGGGCAAUGAUUUUGAGAAUUAUGAAGAUAAUGGUAACGACAGUUCAGUGGAUAGCUCAGAUGAAGAAUAUCUUCCCAAAAAACCUGCUCAGGCUUCGCCAAAUGGAAAACGAAGAGGCAGGCCGCGAAUUCACCCGCCUAAGCCAAAAAGCACGGGCCGUCGAGGUCGACCGUUGGGUAGUAAAGGCAUAAAGAAAAAACAAAAACCGAUUGAGGAAGAAGACAUUGGGGAGUAUCCUUGUCCGUUUUGUAACGAGUUUUAUGACCGGAUUAGCUUACUGGACAAACAUGCUAAAGAAAUGCAUCCAGAUCUCAAGGUUCACAAAUGCAAUAUUUGCGGCAAAGAUUUUAGCCGUCCUAACCACUUAAAACGUCACAUGAGUUCUCAUUCCGAGAACAAGCCCUUUACGUGUGAAAUUUGUACAAAGAGUUUUGUUAGAAAGGAUCAUCUUUUACAACAUCAAAAAUUACACGAACAACAAGAAGAACUUCCUUGUGAUAUUUGCGGGAAGUCCUUUGGUAGGGCUGACCACUUGGCUAAACAUAAAGCUUCUAAGCAUGGAAUCGGGGAAAAACUGAUGAUUAUGGGGGAUAAGAAAUUCUAUUGUGAUAAAUGCCACAAAGGUUUUACGACCGAAAAAUACAGAGACGUUCACAUGAAAGCCCACAAUGGCGAAAAGAAGUUCAUGUGCAAAGUUUGUGAAAAGACAUUCCUUUCCCGGUCGCAUCUAACCGAACACAUGAAAUUCCAUAAUGAGCAUUCCAAGAAAUUCCUUUGCUCUGAGUGUGGGCAGCGUUUCAUUCGAAAUGAUUACUUGGUCAUCCAUAUGCGAAGACAUCGCGGUGAAAAGCCAUUUAAAUGCAAGUUCUGCGGAAAAGGUUUUCCUAGGACAACAGAUCUUACAGUGCAUGAGAGGUAUCAUACGGGUGAGAAAACCCAUUUGUGUACCGUGUGUGGUAGGGGAUUUGGCCGGGCAUACAAUCUUACGGUACACAUGCGUACCCAUACAGGAGAGAAACCAUAUCAAUGCACAUAUUGUGAUGCAGCCUUUGCACAAGGAAAUGACCUGAAGGCCCAUAUCAGACGACAUACCGGGGAAAGGUUCCAGUGUGAUUUAUGUUCCGAGAGCUUCUUAAUGGGAUAUCUCCUAACCCAGCAUAAAAGGACAGUUCACGGUUUGAAUGUCGUGAGCAAUAUCCGACGAUUGCAGCCGGUUCACAAAACGGAAAAUCCGGACGAGCCUCCACCGAUAACGAUACCUCUUCCGAAACCUUGUGUACCUGAAAAUCUUAUGUUUAGUCACAUAAUGCAGUCGCAGCCUCAUAUGCCACAAGUUCAGACCAAACAGGAAAAGCUAGAGGAUUCUACAUCACUGACUAUCCCAUUAUCAAAGCCUUUAAUGCCGGAAAGUCUUAUGUUCAAUCACUUGCAGGCGCAAUUGUCGCUUUCGCAAAUGCAUUUUUCCCAACGGCCCGCUACGUAAAUGAUAACUGUCAUUUUUAUCUCAAGCCAUUCAACAGCGUAAAUGAAUGAAAAAUAGUGGUUGUGAUAAUUGCGGCUCUCGAUUCUAGCAGUAUUUUUCGUUCUUUUUACAGAUUUUUUUGUAUCCAAUCGAACUAAAAUUUUACCCUCAGUCAUCAUACCUGCGUAAAAUGUAGUUUGUCGUUGAUUACUUAUUAUAAUUUUUCAUUUAUAUAUUGAGUAAAAUGCAGAGCAAGGAAAGUUUACAACAUUAAUGCUAUUAUUGCAAAUAUUAACAGGUCGGUGUAUGUUUAUUGUAGAAAUUUUAUUAAGUAAAAGACAUGCAUGCAAAGGUGAUAUAUACCACAGUAGGCUACUGGUUUUAAUUCUGUAAAAUAUUGCUUGAUUUGUAAAUAAUUUUUUUUUAAUUGUUGGUUUGAUUGAUUUGUAAAUAAUAAUUAUUUUGUACAUGAUAGAGUAGGCUUAUGUAGGAUUCGGUGUAAGUUUUAUUUACUUGCCUUGUAGUAAUAAAGGAAAAAUCUCACUAGUGUCUUUCAUUUUUAUUUCUGUAUAAAUGCAUGUAUAAAUUAUGUAAUCUACUUUAAUUAGACUGCCAGAUAUUUUCAAGAGCUGUUGGUACUUGGAACAUAUUUUUGUAAGAUAUAGUUAGUUAUAGAGAAGUGUGCUGGUAGUGUGGCUGGUUUUAAAUGGUUAAGAUGCGAAACUGUAGAAAUACAUUCAUGUAUCAAAGUGCAAAAUAAAAAAUGCAUUUAGAUUGUCGACAUCUUAACCAUGCUACUGUAUGUACUAUGUAUCUCGUAACAUUUAUUUUAGGAAGUUAGUUUAGAAUCAUGUAAAUACUUAGUGUAAUUUUGUAUUCAUUAGGUUUGCCUGUAGGAUAGGUAUGCUUUUCUCACAAUAUGAGACCCAUAAUUUGUCAUAUAUCCUCGCCUGUAAAUUGUAGUAGCAUAAUUCAACAUCAACAUCAGUUUAGAGAUUUUGAUAGGAUGAGACAUUAAAUAAAGUAUCUGAGUAUUAGAA